AUGUAUAAAUUAAUUGUGAUUUUUGCAUAUUUCGUGGUGUGUGACGCGUGCUUGCCUUACAAUUUCGAGUAUGGUUAUAGUGACAAUUUUACGAACACACUUGGUAUGUGUAAUGGCCUGUCAAUGUGGGACCUUAAGACAUAUUCAGAUAUAGGAUUAGACCCUCCGCAUUGGCUGAGUGAGAAGUUUAUUUCACCAAAUAGGCAGCAGUUGAGUUGCGUGGCUUCUUUUACUUUUCAAGGAAGUGAAAGAGGGCGUGUAGAUAUCAAUGCAUAUAUGGAGUCGAGCGAGGAGUGUCAAAUCACACUUAUGGUGAAUGCAGUGAGGGAGAUCGGUGAUGCUACUGUUGGAAGCAUUAUGUUGGGGCCCACUGUCACGCCAAACUUUUAUUCAGGCUGGCAUAAGUUACGAAUCGACGUUAUGGAAGGUUCGGGGAAUUUUACCGGAUAUGUAAGUACUGUUUAUAUUAAUGGCUGA